CCGACAACGAGCGCUGCCUGUUCUUUGCAUCCUCCCCGCGACUCCGACCCGGCUCCUGCGCGGGUGCUCAUACACAAAUGGAGGUGUCCGCACCGAUUCUGCAAUCCCGUUCCAGCUGCGAGUCGCUGAAAGAGAAAGACGGCGCGAUGCUCGUCGCCGCGGCUGCCGAUAGCAACAGCAACAGCAGCAGCAGCAGCACAGCCGACACCGACGGACCACCCUUGCUCGUCACGCCCUUGCGGUUCGGGAUCGUGCAGCCGAAGCUGUACCGGGGCCUGUAUCCGCGCAAGCUGAAUCUACCGUUCCUGCGGCGGUUGAAAUUAAAGACGAUACUGUCGCUGACACCGGAGCCGUUGAUUGAGGAGAUCCAGCAGUUUUGCAGGGAAGAAGGGAUAGAGAUGAUGCACAUCAAGACAUCAAAGUCAAAGAAGAAGGACGUCUCGAUUACGUAUAAGGAAGUCACGCAGGCCAUCGAGAUCAUCAUCAGCCAGAGCCACGCGCCUCUAUAUCUGCACUGCCUGAACGGCAGCCAAGCGACCUCCCUCGUCAUUGCCUGUCUCCGAAAGCUCUCGUUCUGGCGUACGUCGUCCAUCUUCUCGGAAGUCAGCUACUACUCCCAAGUCACGGCCGCCGACCACAAGUUCGUGGAGGAGUACACGGCCGAGAUCCAACUGCCUGCUGAUCCCGUGAAUUGGAUAUGGAUGGGUUUGUCGAGGAAGGGCGUGGUGGAAAAUCAUCCGACGGUGAAGAUUAAGCAUGCCGAGACUGUUGUCGUGGUCGAGAAUGAGGAAAGCGUGCAGGAAGUUGAGGUUUCAUAUCUAUAACCUCUCUGCAACGUCAAACCAAUGUUUUCUAUUCUCAUUUUAUGACUAUUCUAUGCUGGGCUAAAGCAUAUCGGGGUUAAGGAGUUUCCGUUCAGCACAUGUUUUUGGCAUC